AAAUUGUUCCAAAUUCGAGUAAUUUCUUUUCUUUUAGACAAAAGCGGGAAGGUUGAUCAUCAAUUGGUCAGGGAGUCUGCCAAAAUGCUCUAUGGACUGAUUCAUGCUCGUUACAUUUUAACAGAUGAAGGUGUCCUGGCUAUGCUUGAUAAAUGGCACGAACAGGAGUUCGGCGUUUGUCCACGUUUCCACUGUGAAAAACAACCUGUGCUACCUAUCGGUCUUUCGGAUGCACCGGGUGAAUCAACAGUGAAAGUGUAUUGCCCUCGUUGUCAAGAUAUUUAUGUGCCAAAAUCAAGCAAACAUCAAAAUAUCGAUGGCGCUUAUUUCGGGACCGGAUUCCCGCACAACCUUUUCCUCGCACAUCCCAAAGAACGACCGUUAGCACCUCGAGGUACUUCUUUUCGAUAG